AUGCCCAUCUGUAUGGAGGAGAUAAAUGGAACGAGAGUGAACGUCAGUGAUCAGUUUUGUCUUAAAACAUCAGCCAAACCUUCUCACAUCCAUGACUGUAAUACUCAACUAUGUCCAGGAGCAAUAUGGUUGAUCGGUAGCUGGAGUCAGUGUUCGGUGACGUGCGAAAACGGGAUCAAGGAGCGCUUGGUUGAGUGUAUCGAAGGAUCGACUGGAGAGGUGUUAGCAGCCAGUGAGUGUGUCGUAACAGAAGGAUACACACCUAUGAAUAAUACCAUGCCAUGCUCUCAACCAGUUUGCCCAACGGGUAACCCUACAUUGUCAGCUGAAGAAGAAGCAACCAUCUUGACCACGUAUAAUGACUCCAUAACACAUUCAUCUCAUGGGGGCCUUCCACCAGUUCUCUCUAUUCCAUUACUUAGUUUUAUACUCGUUGUUUCAGUAGAGUGUUGCAUAAUUACUAUAUGA